AUGUCAACGAGCUACACGCGCCUCUUCCGAAUCCUAUUCGUGAUCAUUUUCCUCAAGCUGCUCUUUCUGCUGGGCCUGUACUUUCGGAGUUACGAUGUGAGCACCAGGCUACAGAGGCGACCAGUUGUGGUCUCCCAGGUGGAUAUAUUUGAUGAGAUUUUAUUGGAUCGCAGGAAGUCCCCCUCUUGGGAGCAGCAACUGAAAUGGAUACGCGAGGAGAUGCCCUCGUUUCCCUUGGAGGAGCUUAAACAGCGGGAAAAACACCAUCAGACAGUGAAAUGUGGCCCUGCUCCGGAUCUCAUGAACAUUGAUUUCCACAAUACCUACUGGCAAAAAGCGGUGAAUCAGAAUUUAACUUACUACCUCUUUGGGGCCUACUUUGAUGACAGGGAAACAGUGCCAGAGGCACCUCUAGUCCGUCUCCUGACCAUGGUCAAUCAGCAUCUGGACAAGAAGUUCAAAUAUCCACAAAUAUACUGUCAGCUUUGGUUCGAGGGCAAAGCGGAUCCCCUCAUUGUUAAUGUCACCGAGCAUCGGGUGAUGUGGCCCUUUGGUCAUGCCCCUCGUCGUGUCUAUCCCACCUUCCUGAGCUGUCCCCUGCCGGGUAACAGCAGUUUGGAGGAAAAGGUGCCUCAGAUGGUGUCUUUGGUGGGACAAAAGUGUGAUAGGGCCAGGAAUUUGCUUAGAGUGGUCUAUGAACCAGCUGAGGAAGAGGUGGUCAAGGUCAAGGCUCAGGCCACAGGAAAUGGCACAAAUUUCAGCUCCUCCACGGAAUCCACUUCCUCCUCUGCUGAGCAACCAACCAAAGAUCCCCGUUUUAUAGUCUGUGUCAAGGCCAUGGACUUUCCCUACAAGGACAAGUCCUGGCGACUGAUAGAGUGGCUGGAGCUAAUGCGUCUCCUGGGAGCCUCCAAAGUCUGGCUGUACGAUGCCCAAAUGCAUCCCAACAUGACCCGAGUGCUAAAGGAUUAUCCCGGCUUUGUGGAAGUGCGUGCCAUGUCCUUGGGUCGUGGAGAGCCCCAUGCCCGUCCCCAUUUCCAUCACUACACCAUGGCGGCGGAUGGCUUCAAUCGAAUCCUGAAUGAGAUGAUCCCGUACAAUGAUUGCUUCUACAGGAACAUGUACAAGUACGACUAUGUGGGUGUCUUUGACACUGAUGAGGUGAUCAUGCCCCUGGGCAACACCACCGACUGGAAGCAACUGGUGAAACUGGCCCGCCAUGUACCCGACUAUGGCGGGGUCACCUCGCCGAAAUGCACCGAAUGGGUGAGCUUCUGCUUCCGCAAUGUCUACUAUCCCCGGUAUCCGGAACGUCCCAAGGUCUAUCGCAAUCUCUCCAGCUCCUUCUAUAUGCUCCAGCAUGUGGAGCGGGUGCGAGAGCAUUGCAAUCGAGGUGCGGCCACCAAGUGCCUCCAUGACACUCGGUUUGCGGUGGGCUUGCACAAUCAUUUUACGUUCUUCCAUACGGAAAAUGCCGCCUGUGGGGCCAAGUCGGUGCCGAUAGAGUUUGCCCAGAUGCAGCACUACAGGGAGCCGGAUACCAAGUCCCUGCUGAUCGAUCCGAUCAUUGAUGCCAGCAUCUGGCGAUUCCAGCCGCAGUUGCAGUCAAGGAUCGAGGAGAAGUACCGGCGAUUGGGUUUCCUGCCCAAUGAGCAGCAGCUGGCGGAUUCGAUGGAGCGGCGGCGACGCAACGAUGAGCUCCAGCUGAAGGAGGCAGUGGGUCAGCAGGGUGGGUCGGGGUGAGAGGAUAGGAAAAUGAUGUAAGAUAUGGCUCGGGAUCUCUCUAGCUGGUAUUUAUUGAGCGUUGCAGAAAACAAAACCUGCAGAGUUGAAAAUUAUUUCAAUUUUUUUAGUUUUAAAAAUGAUUGGUAAGUUUUAGUGACUUAAUUAUUCAGGGAGUUAAUUUUAAUUUUUUUUUUAGGUUACGUUUUUUUUUUUAACAAAAUUUUUAUAUUUAAUAAAAAUAAUAUAAGUAAUCUUUAAGUUCAGUUUAAACCAUUCAAAUUAACACAGUUCUUGGCCACAUUCUUACUCAAUAAAGUAUAAACUUGUCGACUGGUUUUAGCACUCUUUUUUUUAUGCUUAAAAACAAUUUAUUUGCUUUAGGGUUUUAACUAGACAAUUUUUGUAUUAAGAUCACAAAUAAAAAAGGCCUGUCAAGUGUUUAAACACCAAGAAGAUGGUAAGCCAACCAUGUGACGCGAGAUCGAAAUGAAUCCCUAACAGUUGGGCAAACAAAGUCUGCCAAAAGUGGAACAAUUUCGGAGCAGAUCUACAAAAAAACCUUACUCAAAAAUGCUUAUUAACAAAUGUGAAUUUUGUUUAUUGGUUUCACCAUUCUGACGUUAAUAGAUAACGGGCCCUAAAAGCGGUCUAGGCUAAGAACCACAAACGUUAUCCAAAUGUGCAACAUUCAUUUAGUUAUUAACACAUUUUGUUAAAAAAUUGUUUAAUUUAAUUUAAAAAUUUUAGUCAAAAAGCUUGAAACGCAGCGAAGCAGUCAUUUCCGAACCCACAAAUCAUAUAUAUUCUUGAUCA